AUGGCAGCGCUCAGGGCUGUGAUGGUGGUCACUGUCGCCCUACGUGACAGUACAACAUUGGAUGCCCCAUGCGGCGGGCAGGAGCUUGGCGAGUGGUGGCGGCAGCCAUGUGAGACAAGGGUGGCGAGCAGUACCCGUAUUCUAAGUAACGAAAUUAGGGCGGUCGAUGUCAAGACGGCAGUACAACAAAUAUCUCCUUACUUAGAGGACACAAGCAACGAUGCACCUCAGGUCAUCUACUUCGACGGAUGGGUUGGACUGGGCGCUUCUGCGGUGCUUAGAGCUAUUGCAGAGCAGCCUGCACCAUCUUUACGAGAGAAAUUCGACAGGGUCAUCCACAUUGACUGUUCGAUGUGGAAGAGCCGAAGAGCAUUGCAAAGGGUGAUCGCAGACGAGCUCAAGCUCACUCAACAGGUAGCGGCUGAUUUUGACAGGCACGAUGAGGAGGACGAUUUCAGUGGGGUAGACCAUGGCUCCAGAGCUGAGGUACUAAGGUACUGUGGACCUUCAGAGGACGGCUUCGCCUCAAUAGAGAAAUUCAUGAAAAGCAAUUGGAAUGCAUACCUUGAGGAAGAAGCUAGAGAAAUCGCUUUGCACAUGCAAAAGCUUGGCCUUGGAGUUACACCUAAAAUAGCCACAGAGUGUUGCUUGUACCUAUUGUCAUUGAAUUACCAAGGUGAGAAGAUGAUUGACUACAACUGGGCAACCCAUGCUUCGUGCUACUGGGUUUGUGAUGGGAUCAUAGGAGGAGGACAGGACAACCAGACAUGGGAGGUUGCUCAUGCUCUGCAGCAGCAUAUAAGACUAGAAGACUACUCAUCCAAUGCAGAGCUUAUGUGGUCUGUGGAGAAAUUGGAUCUUUCCUCAAAACAAUGGAUUUCUAUUACUGAAUCAUAUUUCAAAGAGGUUGCUCCAGAUACAACAACAUUGUUCUUUGCACCCGACAAGUCAAGUCCACGAGCAGUAUCAUUACCUAGUGACAAGUUCCAUAAAGCAGAUCAACUCCGGGUGCUGAAGUUAUGUGGAUGUACCUUCAGCUUUUCAUCACCUCCAUUCCAUUGCUGCCACAACUUAAGAUUCCUUGGACUGGAUAGAUGCAUGGAUGAACUGCAACAAGGGGAGGAGGAGGAGGAGGAGGAGAAAACAGGUGAACCAGCGGUGGAAAUUUUUCAGCGGCUAUGGGUGCUAGAUGUAUGCCACACGGAUUGGCCAUUGCCUUUUCCCCCAGAAACAGAAGAGCAAGUGGUGGCUACAGACAUUAGAGAGGUUCAUAUAACCAACGGAAGGAUUUGGCAUAGCAACCUUGCAUGGAGACGCCUGCCGAACCUUCACAAGCUCCAAGUAGUUGAGCCCACAAACCCUUGGGAGACAGCAACAAGAGAUGAAUUCAAGGACAUGGUGAAUCUGGAGCUCCUUGACCUAUCUGGGAACAGCACAAUGCAAGUCUUGCCGAGCCUUUCGGAUGCAACUAGCCUCAAGACACUGAUUCUAGAUGGUUGUGUUGGGUUGGAGCAUGUUGGCCCUCAAGGACUCCCUCCAUCACUUGAAUCAUUCUCCUUGAAUACUGCAGGAGCAGGCAAUAAGGAUCACAAGAAGAAGAAUGCUAAAAUAUCCUACAUCAGCUUGGCUGGGUGUGCAAGAUUAGCAAACUUUGUAUUGCGUGGGUCAUUGCCAAACCUUGAAGAACUGGACCUCUCACACACAGCAGUCAAAAUGCUUGAGCUUGGAGAGGUGGUUCAAGUGGGAAAUCUUCAGCGGGUCUUCUUGGUGGGAUGCGGACAGCUCCGCUCAAUUUCUUGGCCCAAAACCAAAAUGUACAAACUAAGGCUGUUGUGCAUUGACACUCGAGCAAGAGGAGGAGAGGUGGACAACAGAAAACCAGCAUGGUCACGUGAUUGUUCUUUGAUGGUCUACCAGCAGGACGAAGUAAACGAGUAUUGCCAUGCAUCUGUUGCCGCUGCAGAUAUGAGGUUCCUUCAGUCCUUGGAGUUUCUUUGGACAUGGCCACCCAUUCGAUGUGAUAGGUGGAAUCUCUGCUUGUCAUCUACCAGCGAUGAUGAUGGAAGAGGCUGCCACAAGGAAAAGAUGGGCAGUCAUUAUAGCACUGGACAGCUAGCUGCUGCUCUGUCUCUGCCCAAGUCAUUAACUAACCAUGACGUCAGCAUUGAACAGAUAUAUGCAAAGAUCGAUAUCAGCAGUAGCAGCAGCUCAGCGCAAUUUCUGCCACUAGACUUGCACAUGGACAUUGGCGAGGGAAUUAGUGACGUCACCGACAAGUCCAGCACGCGGGCAAGGGAUGCAAUACGUAGUGUGAUGGACAGUGUGCAGUCGUUGCACGUUCACGACAGUUCUUCCAUCACCACUAUUGCGCCUCAACACAUUUUUAGGGAAUUUGAACAAGCAGGUGAUGGCCUUGACGGCCCAAUAAUGAAUGGGCUCAAGUGGUGCCGCGUGGAACGAUGCCCAAAGUUGGAUACUGUCUUCGCCACUAACUAG